AGCGACACUGCUAGUUGGCGGCGGGUCCGGUGGCGGCGCUGGCGUCCGUCGAUACCGGCGCCGGACGUCGCGGCGCUGCCCGCCGCCGCCGCCGCCGCCGCCGCCGCCCAGUCGAGUGAGCGCCGCGCCACGAGCCGGAGACUCAGCCCCGGUGGUCGCCACGUGUCCGGCCGCGCUCCGUGCGCCUCCCACCCGUCAUCUGUCACCUGUCACCGGCCACAGCCUCUGCGGACUGCGCUCGCAAACGACCCCCUCGCGUCGUCCGGCGCCGCCCCGAAGCGCUGACCACCCCGGCGGCCUCCGCCACUGCCGGGCGCGCGGCCACGAGGUGCAGGUGCGGGGUUCGAACCCCGGCGGCCGCGCCCAUGGCCGGCCAGUAGUGUCCAGCCGGCGCCUCGCCAUGACGGGCCGAGCCCACCCCGCGCUGACCGCCACGGCGGCUCUGCUGCUGUUAGCCGCCGCUAGGGAAGUCGGCUCGUCGUACCCGAGCGGCGCGCCGAACUCUCUGCCCGCGUCCGCCACGGGGUCGCCGCCUGCUCACGCGCUGCCCGGACGCGGGGGUCCCUACUUCGACCCCCAGACGCCGCGCAAUGUCACCGCGCUGGCCGGCAAGUCGGCUUACCUCACCUGCCGCGUGCGGCAGCUCGGAAACCGCACGGUAUCGUGGGUGCGGCACCGGGACCUGCACAUCCUGACGGUGGGCUCGUACACGUACACGAGCGACCAGCGCUUCCAGGCGUCGCACCACCGCGACCUGGACGAGUGGACGCUGCACAUCAAGUGGGCGCAGCGCCGCGACGCCGGCGUCUACGAGUGCCAGGUCAGCACGCAGCCCGUGCGCAGCCUCGCCGUCACGCUCAACAUUGUCGUUCCCACUGCGACCAUCCUCGGCGGUCCAGACCUGUACGUGAAUAAGGGCAGCACCAUCAACCUCACGUGUACCAUCAGGUACUCGCCUGAGCCGCCUGCGUUCAUCUUCUGGUAUCACCACGAUGAGGUGAUCAGCUACGACAGCGAGCGCGGCGGUGUCAGCGUGGUGACGGACAAGGGCGAGCAGACGACGUCGCGGCUGCUGCUGCAGAAGGCGCGGCCCUCCGACUCGGGCCACUACACGUGCCGGCCCAGCAACGCGGACGUCGCCACCGUCACCGUGCACGUGCUCGACGGGGAGCGUCCCGAGGCGAUGCAGACGGGCGCUUCGGCGCCGCGGUGCCUGUCCCUCGUCGCGGUGGCUGCGUCCCUGCUGGCGGCUGCGGCGGCGGUACUGAGCACCAGGUGAUGCGGCGCGGCGCCCUGAGGCGGUGGUGCGCUGCUACUGGUGCUGCUGGUGCUGUUGGUGGUGGUGCCGUGCUGCACUGGUGGGAGACUGGGGAACUCGGACAGGGGGCGCGUCUGUGGCGUGGUUACAGCUCUGCUACUGCCGGCGGGCCUGCCUGGGAUCGCACUCGACCGACAGAGCACCUCGCGUCACAGAGGCAGUGCAACCGACGAGUUUGGCAACAGGCAUGUGACACCAGGAGCACUUUUGCGUUAACGUCUCACGUGGAGGAGGUAGCUCGUGCCUCUUCUUUAUUCAGCCCAAGUUAUCUUUCGUUGCCAUCUGCUCCUCACAUGCGAACAAAUAGCACCUGCGUUUGUGGUGCAUUUCCGAAACAAGAAAUUAAUGAAAAUAACUGUGUAGCGAUGAUUCCAGCGCACUACCCUCACAGAAUUUAUUCUAUUCUUUUCCAUUAUAAUGCACAACAAAAUACACGGACAGCUACUCCUAAGGUUGAACACUCGUACUUCUUGGCAGUAGGUGCAAUGAUUUCGUGGAGCUGAGUGCAGUGAAAGAGAUAGACGAGCGUAAUAGGAUAGUGACACGUUCUCGUUACAUUAUUUCUUCAUUUUGCUUUAAACCUUCCCGGAGCACUAAAUAUCAAACUGUGGACUUAGUGCCAACGUGGGAAUCAAACACAGACUAAACAAAUUAUGAAAUUUAUAAAUUGCAUAAUACAAGAGAAGUGGUUCGCAUCUACGUUUCAUAUGACUAAAAAACGAUACGAAAACGUAUUUUCGUUCCGGAUCAUUUAUGUUCCCAGUAACACUUCUGUUUACAGUAAAUAAUUCUUGGAAAUAGGUAAAAAUAAAGAAUAAAUAGAGGUAUAAUUAAAUGUAAUUUUUUUAAACGGAAAUGUGGACCAAAGGGGAUACAUUUGGUAGAAAAAUAUUAAUUCAUAAACAGGAACCAGGAAAAUACUUUUUUGAAAUUUAGAGGCGUUGGUUCAUGAUGUGUUUGGAGUAGAAAUAUCGGUUAUCAGGAGCGAUUUAUCUGUUUGUCAACUGAAUCCUAGUUGUGUCAUGUCCUGAAACGGGCUUUGAUUACCUUGGAUGAGAGACAAAACUCGACGGAAAGCUUGUAGCGAGCACUGUUGCUGUGUUAUUUAUAUGAAUGCGAAACUAAUAUUGUUAGGCUUUUUCUUUUUAGAAGCAUGCUGUCUAUCAAUUUUCGGCUACUGCAGAACUGUCAGAAACCGAAUAACGCGAAGGGGUGGUCAAGGAAAUGGAUUCAUGUUCAGGAGGAGUCACUGAACGUUCAUAUUAGGGGGACAUGUUUCGAAUCCGCAUUCAGCCGUUCCAAAAUACUUAUCCCUUUAUCAGAGUAGGAAAGUAAUUGACACUACACAGCAUGGAAAGUGGUUAUGUUGCAGAUCCUCCACUACCUGCGUGUGCAAUAUGGCUAUGCGAAUUCGUACUUUUCCUUUACUUUUUUAAUUUACUAUUAAUUUGUUUCUCCUUCCUACGUAAGGCCUCCAAAGAACUGUCUUACAACGAACCAAUUUUUAUUUUCGUGUUUAUGAUACAGACCGAUUAUUUUCUGCAGAAUCUAACACAAAAGUUUACGUUAGCAAUAAUGGAGCCAAAGCUUAUUAAAUGAGAACUAACAGAAAUGGCAAUAUCUUGUGAGAAACACAUAGUGGGUGAGAGAAAAGGAAACGACUUCGUACAUAAGAGAGAAAGACGAGAGGGAAAAUAAAAUGGCAUAUCUACCUGAAAGAGGAAAAGAGAAGGCAGCUUCAUUUGGGAGCAAGUUAGUAUUCGCUUCACUGUAUGAUGGACGUGAGGGUCAUGAUAGAAGUAUUUCGAGGAUAAGGAGAGGAAUUACUUCAGUUUUACAUAUGUGCUACAGGGUACCUCAUGUUGUUUAUAGUGCGAGAUAGUCCGUUCAAGAGGCGACAAUAAAGAAUGCAGAAGGUAUUCGAGAACUGUUUUGAGGAUGGAUAAUGGAGCGCGUAUACACUGGCAAUAUCGCACGUAUACAGUGAGGACCUGAUGAAGCAAACACAGCGCACAUGAGACAAUUCAAUUGUGUGUCCAGCUACACGUUCUUUAUUGACGAGUAUUAUCCGAUUCGCUUUUCAGGAUCGUAAUAUCCAAUUUACUUGUCUGUUCACGUUCAUUAUUAGCUUCCGACAGGCUGCUGAGUAAAAUGAAUUACCUGGUAUAUGUAGUAGUGCGAUAUGACUGCUGUGAACAAAAGACCUCACCAACUACAUUUCUUUGUUAUGGCACCUGCGGUCUCAAUCUCGUAUGUAAAAUUCGUUUUGUUACUUUACUCUGCUCAUAGGGCUUGCCUUACGUGCUCCGUAGGAAGGGAUAAGACUCAUUUCCUUUCCAGUCCUUGUCAGAAUCUAGUUUGUAUAUCGUCUCUAUAGACUCCUCCGUCAACAAAACGUCAAUUAUAGACCAUUCUUCCUUCACUUUAUCAAAAAAGGCCCGUCGUAUGUAGGGUCAACUGGCAACGGCUGUAAAACCGUUUAAAAUUGCAUUUUGAAACUCCGAAAACACCUUUUAGUAUCUAAAAAUAAAUAUUUAAUUCUUUUCAAGGCUGGUUGUUUUAUCAUACAUCAGCAGACAGCAAAUAUUAAUUGAUCAUGUUUUCUCCAAGACAAACAUGUAGAUAUAUGUGUUUUAAACUGGCUCAUACUGAAAUAACUUCUCGGAAUAAAGAGUUAUGCAAAUUUUCGUAACGAACAGGGGUAAAAAAUCAAGGAAAUUAUUUUCUGACGUGAGCUGACGAUCAGAUUGACCUGUAUAAUUAAUUGUGUGUAGACUGCUUAAGAAAUGUUAUAUUGUGUUAUUCCACUACUUUGUUUCCUCUUUUACCACAUUUGGAUCCUGAAAAUAAGAACAAAAUCAACCACAAAAUUAGACGUGUUAUCUACUCAACAUUUCUCAUUUUGGUAACAGUGUUCUUAAGUACAGCACUGUAUUAUGGGACAAACCCAAAAUGUACCGAGGAAUCAUGUAACGGUACCAUUCUUAAUUCAUCUAGGCCGAAUUAUGCAUAAAAAUUACGCAUAGGGAAGAUUAGGAACUCACGCUUUAAUGUUCACCAGAUAACCGAAAUAUCACGAAGAGGAAAGGCAGAAUGUUUAGAUCGCUUCCAUGUUCCAUAUACCUUAGUGGGAAAAUAUUAACAAACGUAAAUUUGUGGAGGAAGAAAUUGCACUUUCUACGACAUACACGCAAAAGCUUUCAUGAAGAAACCGUAAAAUACUGUCUUCCGUAAUACUCUUUCUGUUACCUGCAUGUUAUUUUGAAAUUACUUGGAUGAAAAUUAGAAUAAGUCUCCUUCGGUCCUACAACCGCUCGCAAGCAACUCUCCUUGGUGUCAUUUAACUUAGGAUAUCUUUGUUUUUAUCUGAACGUAGAAAUGAGUAAAGCAGAUCGGUCAUGAUGAGAACAGCUGCGAGAAAAUCUAUGCUGCAUGUACGCAUUUGUACCGUUCUAACAGCUCCUGGUCAGAAUACUAACGUUCCCUACAGUAUAAUGAUUGAGGCAACGAGCUACGACCUCCCAUUUUUCCCCGCGUCCUGGACGUCAGCGUUUCCUGUCAAGGCUACGCAGUACCACGCCACGGAACUAAUGGAACUUUCUUUUAAGUACUUUUUUAUACGAACUACACAAUAUGAAAUCAUUCCAAAGAAGAAGCUUCAUCAGGAAUCGGGUUUCGAACACCGGUCAUUUAAGUGUCGUGUUUGUUACAAAAGCAUUGCAUCAGACUUUUCAUCUAAAUAUAAAACCACAGAAAGAGUUAUUUGUGGAAGGAAUGGAAUAAAGAAGUUCGGAAAAUGUAAAUUAAGCACCUUCAUCAGCUGAUCACUCCUGUUGAAGUAUUCCUUUUGUGUGCCGAAACGUUUGUGAGACGUGCUACUGUAUAUUAUGGAGAAAUAAUAUAUUUGUGCAAAUCCAAAGAGUUUCUCCAAACGCUUGUGUGGCGAAAAUCGAGUGUUUCAAUAACCAGAAUGAAGUUCUGCUGCUGGACAGUCAAUAUAUAUUUUUGUAACAGCGGUGCGUAAACUAUUCUUGACUGUACAUAAAUUUGUUUUAAUACGAUUCAUUACUGACUGUUACGCGAAAUAAACCGUGGCGGUCAAAGAAAAAAAUGUUAAUUACUAUGUAAUAAUGGUUACAUUAGUUCUUACAAAGUUUAAAACAAAGAAUAAGAGUACCAAAUAAUGUAUAUAACUAUUAUUGAAAUUAGAAUUGUUUAAUAAACUUCAAGAAACGAA